GCGCUUGUCAAAAUACGAGUAUAAAACAUCAUUUCCCCACAUUCAUUCUCCAGAUCUCCGAAACAAGUAACACAGAAAAAGCAAACAAAUAAAACUCACAAAAAUUUAGCUCGUCGUGAAAAUAAAAAGCGCAACUAGCAAACGGCGAACUGCAAGCGGUGAAAUAGUGUGGAGUGUGUGUGGUGUGGCGGAAUAGCGAGCAAGCAACAAGAAGCGGAGAAGAAACGAAAAAACGGAGCCAAAAGGAGGAGCAACCUAACAAAAAAGCAAAGAAACAAAAGUAAUCGCGUCAACGCAAAAGUUUCGAUACUCGUUUGUAUUCGUUAAGUUUGCGUUCCAUGGUAUUUCGACAAUAAAUUCCGCUCGCCAGGCCAAAUUACGCAAAAUAAUCCCCCUAAUCAAAAUGAGCAGCUCCGAAGAAGUUUCCUGGGUUACGUGGUUCUGUGGACUUCGUGGCAAUGAGUUCUUCUGCGAGGUGGACGAGGACUACAUUCAAGAUAAAUUUAAUUUAACUGGUUUAAAUGAGCAGGUGCCCAACUAUCGUCAGGCUUUGGACAUGAUCUUGGAUCUGGAACCGGAGGACGAGCUUGAGGACAAUCCUUUGCAGUCCGAUAUGACGGAGCAGGCCGCCGAGAUGCUCUAUGGCCUCAUACACGCUAGAUAUAUACUAACAAAUCGCGGCAUCGCUCAAAUGAUCGAGAAAUAUCAAACUGGCGAUUUUGGGCACUGCCCACGUGUCUACUGCGAAAGUCAGCCCAUGUUGCCCUUGGGUCUGUCGGACAUCCCCGGCGAGGCAAUGGUGAAGACUUAUUGCCCCAAGUGCAUUGAUGUGUAUACACCAAAAUCGUCGCGCCACCAUCACACCGAUGGGGCCUAUUUUGGCACUGGAUUUCCACACAUGCUCUUUAUGGUGCAUCCCGAGUAUCGUCCCAAGCGUCCUACUAAUCAGUUUGUUCCAAGGCUGUAUGGCUUUAAAAUACACAGCUUAGCUUAUCAAAUUCAGCUGCAGGCAGCAGCCAAUUUCAAAAUGCCACUGCGAGCGCAACGUGGUCAGCCCCCAAAGGACGAAGAGCCUGAGAAUAAUGCCGUCGAUACGAUUCCAAAGCGCCUCUAAGCGCAAGCAGUGCAGCCAAGCAGUGCAGCCCCAGCAGCUGAUACACAGACACUCACAUAUACACACACACAUUCAGGCCAUACACUGAGGAGAAUUGUGGAUGCCGAGCAAAAAUUAAUAUGCUAACGAAAAACAAAAGCCCAAAAUAGCCAGGAAAGGACCAACAUCAAAAUCAACAACGCUGGAUCGAAAGCCGAAUAAUAAGAUGAUACAGACGACACACACACACAAACACAUCUCACCCAAGUACAGUCAGCUCCUGUUUUUUUAAACAAAAAAGUAUAAUAAUGGGGUUUACUUCCCAAAAGCCUUUCUAGGCCAGGUCUUUUUCAAAUUUUGUGUUCUUUAAUAAUCGGACUUGUAAUCGAAAGCUGCCCAUCCCUAGGCAAUGUAUUGGUGCUGCCACCUUGAUUGUAAAUCGAAGGAGCUGCCUUUUUAAAUUUGUAUUUCUAGCAGAUAUUAAAAUUUUUUAGUUGUUGUUAAAAUAGUAUUCAUUAAAUGAUUUAAACACUGAUUUGAAUCGGUAAAAAUACAGAAAAUUUGAAAAGGAUACGCUGCCAUUGGCUUUUUGAAAGCUUAUCUCGGCUAGGUUCAAGAUCAAGAGCAUUAAAACUCAAUUCUUUGCAUUUUAUUUAGUAAGUGAAACAAAAAAAAAACGGCUAUAACCA